CGGGCGGCUUGGCCUUUCGGCGCUCGGAGGUAGGUGGUGCUGUUGGUGCUGUUGCCGAGCGAGUGAGCCUCCCUCAUUGGCGCGGGCCGCAGAGGCGGAAUGUUCAACUCCUGACUCCGGCGGAAGCGUGGAAGUCGCGCGUGGCCGCCGUCCUCCUGUCCCCCCCGGCUGCCGCCUGCGCUGCCCCCCGCCCCGGCUGCCGCUCGCGCCGGCCCGGGACUCAGAUUUGGAGGAAGUAUCCUACUUUGUCAUUAUGAGAUGUCGUCUCUCGGCGCCUCCUUUGUGCAAAUCAAAUUUGAUGACUUGCAGUUUUUUGAAAACUGCGGCGGAGGAAGUUUUGGGAGUGUUUACCGAGCCAAAUGGAUAUCCCAGGACAAGGAGGUGGCAGUCAAGAAGCUGCUCAAAAUAGAGAAAGAGGCAGAAAUACUCAGUGUCCUCAGUCACAGAAACAUCAUUCAGUUUUAUGGAGUAAUCCUCGAACCUCCCAACUAUGGAAUCGUCACAGAAUAUGCUUCUCUGGGGUCACUCUAUGAGUAUAUCAACAGCAACAGAAGUGAAGAGAUGGACAUGGAUCACAUUAUGACCUGGGCCACUGAUGUAGCCAAAGGGAUGCACUAUUUACAUAUGGAGGCUCCUGUCAAGGUGAUUCAUAGAGAUCUCAAGUCAAGAAACGUUGUUAUAGCUGCUGAUGGGGUAUUAAAGAUCUGUGAUUUCGGUGCCUCUCGGUUCCAUAACCACACCACACAUAUGUCCUUGGUUGGAACGUUCCCAUGGAUGGCUCCAGAGGUUAUCCAAAGUCUCCCCGUGUCUGAAACGUGUGACACUUAUUCCUAUGGAGUGGUUCUCUGGGAGAUGCUAACAAGGGAGGUCCCCUUUAAAGGUUUGGAAGGAUUACAAGUAGCUUGGCUUGUAGUGGAAAAAAACGAGAGAUUAACCAUUCCCAGCAGUUGCCCCAGGAGUUUUGCUGAACUGUUACAUCAAUGUUGGGAAGCUGAUGCCAAGAAGCGGCCAUCUUUCAAGCAGAUCAUUUCCAUUCUGGAGUCCAUGUCGAACGACACUAACCUUCCUGACCAGUGUAACUCAUUCCUGCACAACAAGGCCGAGUGGAGGUGUGAGAUUGAAGCCACCCUGGAGAGGCUGAAGAAACUAGAACGAGAUCUCAGCUGCAAAGAGCAGGAGCUCAAAGAACGAGAGCGGCGGCUGAAGAUGUGGGAGCAAAAGCUGACAGAACAGUCCAAUACGCCGCUUGUCUUGCCUCUUGCUGCAAGAAUGUCUGAGGAGUCUUACUUUGAAUCUAAGACAGAGGAAUCAAACAGUGCAGAGAUGUCAUGUCAGAUCACAGCAGCAAGUAACGGGGAGGGCCAUGGCAUGAACCCAAGUCUGCAGGCCAUGAUGCUGAUGGGCUUUGGGGAUAUCUUCUCACUGAACAAAGCAGGAGCUGUGCUGCAUUCUGGGAUGCAGAUAAACAUGCAAGCCAAGCAGAAUUCUUCCAAAACCACAUCUAAGAGAAGGGGGAAGAAGGUCAACAUGGCCCUGGGGUUCAGUGAGUUUGACAUGUCAGAAGGUGAUGAUGAUGAUGAUGAUGAUGAUGACGGUGAGGAGGAGAAUGAUGUGGAUAAUAAUAGUGAGUGAAAGCAGAAAGCAAAGUAAUGAUAUUUACAAUGUUUGGGAAAACAAAAGAAACUUGUUAUCUCAGUUUGUACAAAAGCCAGUAAGGAGGUAGAAAAGCAGCACUGUAUUUUUAGGCAAAUCACAUUUAUAUGACAGUCAUUUCUCUAUCUGUUUUACUUUCAAUUUAUUUUUGCUUAAAGAAAAAUAGCAAGAAAUUUUUAGGAAAAAAUGGUAUAUUUAAUAAGUCAGCAAACAAGGUGCCUGAUUGUAGAAAUUUAUGAUUCUAUAUUUAUAUAUAUAUAUGGUGUUUUUAAAGUAAUGACAUCCUGGUUUUUUAAAAAAUGAGCACUUCAUAGUUUUGAUUUGAUUUUGUUUAUUCAAAUACUUAACAGAACUUAAGUUUGAAUAUAGGCCCUUUUAACUCCUAAUUCUUGUUGGGUGCUUGAUUUUCUUACAAUGUACUUUUAUGGGGAUAUACUGUACUGUCAAAAAUAAUUAAUAGUGACAACAAAACCCAAUAACAAAACACUUGAGAUGAAAGAAGUUUAGUACAGAUACUUCAGAAAUACCUAAAUGGCAGGAAUUUUUAGUGCUUCGCAGCCCAGCUCUCCAAGUCAAACCUGAAAGGUAUUCUCAGCAGUAUGUGUGAAGCCAGCAGCAGAUGGUGAGGGCUCUUAUUUCAGGACCAGCCCUGAAUGCUGCUUCAAGGAACCUGCUCUCCUCUAGGGCUCUGCUGAUUCUUGGCAUGGGGCAAAAUGUGGUCUACGAGGGCUCCUUCCAGCAGGAGAGGGUGUCGCUGUGAGCCUGGGCUGCAGUUGCAGUAAGGGUGUGAAGAGAGGUGCGGAGAGACGUUCUAAAGAGGGAAGUAAACAUUGUGAAAGAAAGAGAAAGCUCUACUAUGUCGGCAAAGUCCAGACCUAAGGGUCCGCUAUCUGUCAAAGUAGCCUUCCAGACUGGUCUUUGAGCCCUGCCUCAGCCCCACCAGUCUUAGGGAGAAAUAUAUCUGGCAAGUCAGAGAGUCUCCCGAUGUUCCACAUAUUUGUCAAAGAUUAUUUAAAUCCUAAAACUCUCUCUACCAACAAAACCCUACAGAAUAUUCUUGGUUAUCAAAAGAAAAGCAUCAAAUGAUAUUUGUUGACUGGUACCAGGUGAAAUUCAAAGUGGGUCACUUUCAGGAAAGAUAGAACAUUCUUAGAAUGUAAGCUUCAUAAGCAGAUUUAGUCUGUUGUUCAUUGAACACUGUAAGGCCAGGUUAGGUUUGCUUGUUUCAGGUAUUUGCAGACCAUAUGUGUAUCCUCUAAGUAAAUUCACACAGACUAGGUCAGUAACUGUUCCUGCAGAAGACAGGUUCCCUUCAACCCACCCUGUUGCCACUUUCAUAACUGUGCAUACCACCCCACACCAUAGGGCUGAUGACAAACAUGCACACAUAGGGAGGCCGCACAUCUGCGCUUAGAGACAACAACUUCCUGAGCCAAGCCGAGCCUCCCAGCAGAAUUCUGGGCAUGGAGCCCAAAGGGAAAUCUCCACUCUUGACUUCCCAGGAUGCUCUGGGGUACUGGGACCCAGCUACCUCAUAUUUAGCUGUUUUAAAACCUCUUUCAGGGGGCAGAGCAAUAAUACAGCAGGUAGGAAGCUUGCCUUGCACAAAGUCAACCCAAGUUCCAUCCCCAGCACCACAAAUGGUCCCCCAAAUUCCACCAAGAAUGAUCUCUAAGUGCAGAGCCGGUAAGUCUGAGCACAGCAGGUAUAAAACCCCUCCCCAAACAAAAAAGGAAAAGUAAAAAAUUUUAAAUGUCUCUUGUACAUACUCCCACCACAGAAAAACUCCUCCCUUCCACAGAUAUUCAUCAAGCCUCUCUUUGUUCCAGGUACUAUUUUCAGAUCAGCUAGUUAAAAAUAUGUGCACCCAGGGAGCUUGCAGGCUAGUGAGUGAAGAUAGACAUGAAUAAACUAAAGGUAUCAUAUAGCCAUAAACAUUGGCUAAGUGCAUGCCAAAGAAAUGACACAGGAGAAGGGGAAGGCACAGAGGGAAUGUUGUGGUUUUUCAAGUGAGAUCAGGAAAAGGUCUUGCUGAUAAGAGAAUCUCUGUGUCUCAAUUUAGAAUCUGUAUGCUUUACCUAAGAGGGUAGAUCUGGAAGGGGUUUGAGGCUGGUUGACUCAGUGGCAGAGCAUGUGUUUUGCUUGUGUGAAGCCCUGGGAUACAUCCUCAGCACUACAAAGCAAGAGAAGGUAAACCUUGUCUUUCCUCUAUGAAAAAAUCAGCAAUAAAUAUGUAACAUAACAGGAAUGAAAAGGACAAUUUCUCUCAACUUACAUGUAAGGUUAUUAUGAUCAUACAUAAAAUUUUAGUGUGUAAAUAAAAGCAAAGAAAUUGCUCAAGAGGAAAAGUUUCUGUACUUGAGCCUAGAUUAUCUUUUUUAGGAACUGGAACGUCACUGAAAUUUGAAUCAUAAUAGAACUUUUUCUGUUAAGCUGUGUAGAGGAUCAUACCAAGGGCCUUAAACUUGCAAGGUCUAUGGUCUACAACUGAACCACAUCCCCAGCCCCAAACAGAAUUUUAAAGUGACCUCUGUCUGUGAAGGUUAUUUAGAAGUCUUUGGACUCAUUUUGUAUUAUUAGUUUUAAAGCAGAGUUUACUGUCCAUAAGUAAAAUUUCUAAUGACGAUGCUUAUUUUGUCACUUCUGAGUCUCUUUUCAGAAUCAUUUUUUAGAAUAACAAACUGGUGGUAGAUUUGUUUUCAAUUACUUGACUUACCAAAAGAUGCUGAUUUAUUUAAAAAAAUAAAAAAGAGAAAAGAAGAAAGUUGAACUGGAGAGAUAGUACAAUGGGUAAGAUAUUUGCCUUGCACACAGCUGACCAGGUUUAAUCUCCAGCACUCCAUAGGGUCCCCCCAAACCCCACCAGAAAUACUCUCUGAAUGCUGAGCCAGGAGUCAGCCUGCUGGAUGUGUCUCUAAAAUAAAAAGUCAAACACAGAACUAAAUAUUCAAAAACUGAGAAUUGAAACGACACCCUUUGAGCAGUUCCAAAUGCAGCAGAGAUGUCAGUUGAUAGCAUAUUUUUGGUUCUCCCUGUAACUGGAAGUGUGUUUUUACAACAAUAUAUCCUGUAUGCCAGGGACAUUCUCACCCAUAAACAAUUCCACCCCAGAUACCAAUGACCUUGUCCCUUUCCCCACAGACUCUUGUUAAUCCUGGGAAUUUCAGAGGCCACCCCCCACACACACACAUCUCAAAUAAAAUUUCUCAAGGCCAGAAAUCACAACUACUACAGAACUUGGAGUUUGUCGGUAAUUUUUGUGUGACAGUUAUAUCAAGCCUCCACUCAUGGAAAUGGUGUCUUCCCCCCACGCCCCAUAAGAAUUCAGGUGGGAGCUUUGUGAAACUAUUUGACAAAGUCCCAGGGUGCUACACUAAUCCCAUAAAAGUUAAAAAGAAAAGCCUCACUCUGAGAGAGUCACAAUUCUGCACAGUCACCCUACUGAUUUAAAAGGACCCUUUUCUAGGGCAGGAGAGAUAGUACAGCAAGUAAGGUGCUUGCCUUGCAUGUGAUUGACCCCGGUUCAAUUCCCAGCAUCUCAUAUGGUUCCAGAGCCUACCAGGUGUGAUUCCUGAGUGCAGAACUAGGAGUAACCCCUGAGUAACAUAAGGCAUGGCCCCGAAACCCCCCAAAAUUAAAAGGAACUUUUCUAAGUUUUUUGUUUUUAUUUUUACAAAAUCACAUUUUAACAUAUUCUGGAACUAGCCAGUGGCAAGAGGUUGAGGGCUUAUAGAAGACUUGACUGCAAUGACUUGGAUAGGUUCAGAGCUGGCUUCAAGUCUGAUCUUUCACAUGCUAUUCAAGAUUUGUUGAACUCAGGGCUGGAGUGAUAGUACAGCAGGUAGGGUGUUUUCCUUGCAUGCAGCCAACCUGGGUUCAAUCCCCGGCAUCCCAUAUGGUCCCCUAAGCACCACCAGGAGUAAUUCCUAAAUGCAAAGACAGGAAUAACCUCUAAACAUUGCUGGGUGUGACCCAAAAAUAAAAAGAAAAUUGUUGGACUCUGGCCCCAGGAGAACUAUUCAGACUUGCUUCCCACAAAGAUCAGGGAAUCAGGGGAUAGAAGGAAGACUUGUUAGACCCCAGAAUGACUUCUCACUAAUGCUACAGUCUAUAUUACUUUUAAGUUUUCAUGGGGGGUGAUAAGAUUGUCAUGCAAGAUCAUUUUAAAACUUUUUCUUCUGAACAAAUUAUUGAUUGUUUAAGGGUUUUUUUUUGUUGUUGUUGUUGUUGUGUUUUGUUUUGGGAUGCUUUAGACUUCUUUAUAACCCUUUUGAAACUAGUCACCCUGUGCAACAUGUAUGUCAUAGAGCAUAUCUUUUCUAUAAUCAGGCACCUUCAGCUACUUUUGAGUGAGAUUGUUUUCCUGUUUAGAAUUAAAACACUACCAGAGAGAAGAAUCUGCUCUGUUCAGUUCAUGUAGCCUAGCCACAUAGCUUUGGACGCAGCAUCUCUGUGAUGGAAAAUGAGUGACUCCCAGGAAACCUGCAGGACUAACCUCAUUUCCUCGAGUCCAGAUUAGUGUGAACUCAAUUGCCUGUGAGAAACUUGCUGGCAUGUGAUUCUUUACUUUAAAACUAGAAUUUCAAGCACAUACAUUAAUUAUAUUGUGUGCAGAAUAGUAUACCUUCUUAGCAUCAGAAACAACGCACCACACUUACUGCUUUUGCACUGUUUUCAAAAGUUUUGUACUAAAUAAUAGAAACUAUUUAUAUUCUUUGAGUGUGAGCUUUGAAUAGAUGGCACUAUCACUUUACUGUUUUUUAAAAACAAAAUCCUUUUCUCAAUUACUCUAUUGCAAUGUUAUCUGAGAAAGUCCUAUGCCAAACCAUGUAUGAUGUUUAUAUGGAAUAUUAAAUUUUACUCCUGUAUGGUAAGACUACUCAGUUAUUGACUUCAUAGUUGGAAUUUGAUAUUCCGGCACAAAGUCCACAAUGUAUUCAGAAAUCCAGGUUGGUGUCAGACAUUUCGUUUUGAUGUGAACUCUUGCUUUCCUUUGUUUUAAGAUUCCAUUUUGCAAUAAACGUUUUGACAGUAAA